AUGGCAGCUGCACCACAUCCCUCGGUCCUUGCCACGCCGCGAAGACCUUUUGGCACAGCGACACACUCCAACGCUGAAAUGCGCAAGGUUUACGCCGACCUCGACAACAACGCCGUGUUCGACUUUUCCAGCAUCGUCUCGGCGGUCAAGACCUUUUCCACACGCUUCCGUGCCUACACGGAGAACGCCAUCUCCAACAUCCACGAUGACAAGGCUGAGUUUGAUGCCAACCGAAUGGAGCACCGUAAUCAGCUCAGGACGCUAGACCGCGAGAUUGAGGAUGCCAAGGCGAGCCAGGGAGAGCUGUGGGAUACCAUCGCACACGAGCGCGAGCAGGACGCCAACCUUCGUGCUAGACAGCAGACCCUCCAAGCACAAAAGGCCUCCGUGACACAGAGGUGCAACGAACUCCAAGCCGAGAUCACAGAAUUGAAACAAAACCUCGAAAACAAGAAGCAGGCCAAAGAGGCACAGAGGGAAAAGCUCAAGGAGCAGAUCGACAAGAACGGACCCGAGCUACGUCUGCUCGAAGCGAAAACUGGCUGCUCGGUCGUACCUACCAAAGUGGGCGAUCAGCUCAAGUUCACCUUCAACCUCAUGAACGCCGACGACUGGUCCAAAGAGUGCCAUUUCACCAUCGAUGUCAGCAGCAGCAAAUACAAGCUCACCUCGGUAUCACCCAAGCUCGAGGUCAGCCUGCAAGAGUCUUUGUUGCAAGAACUCAACUCUACACGCAAGUUCUACUCCUUUGUCAAGAAGAUGCGCGCUGCUCUGCGUGCUCAGGCUGAGAAGGUCCGUCUCGAAGCACGCGAUGCUGCUCGUCGAGGAGGUCGCUGA